GGAUAUGAGGUGCCCAUUGUAAGCUUGUGAGAGUUGCCCUCCGCGGAGCCCAGCAGAGGAGUGGGCAAACAUGAAAUCCAAUCCUGCCAUCCAAGCUGCCAUUGACCUCACGGCGGGGGCCGCAGGGGGCACAGCAUGUGUACUCACUGGGCAGCCCUUCGACACCAUGAAAGUGAAGAUGCAGACGUUCCCCGACCUGUACAGGGGCCUCACCGACUGCUGCCUGAAGACCUACUCCCAGGUGGGCUUCCGGGGCUUCUACAAGGGGACCAGCCCAGCGCUGAUUGCCAACAUCGCCGAGAACUCCGUCCUCUUCAUGUGCUAUGGAUUCUGCCAGCAGGUGGUACGGAAAGUGGUUGGAUUGGAAAAGCAGGCGAAGCUGAGUGAUCUGCAGAAUGCAGCUGCUGGUUCCUUUGCCUCUGCCUUUGCUGCUCUGGUCCUCUGCCCCACCGAGCUCGUGAAGUGCCGGCUGCAGACCAUGUAUGAAAUGGAGAUGUCGGGAAAGAUAGCCAAAAGCCAGAACACAGUUUGGUCUGUCGUGAAGAGCAUCCUUAGGAAGGACGGCCCCUUGGGCUUCUACCGUGGACUCUCGAGCACUUUACUUCGAGAAGUACCAGGCUACUUCUUCUUCUUCGGUGGCUACGAGCUGAGCCGAUCGUUUUUUGCAUCGGGGACGUCAAAAGAUGAACUAGGCCCUGUCCCUUUGAUGUUAAGUGGUGGAUUUGGUGGAAUCUGCCUCUGGCUUGCUGUUUACCCAGUGGAUUGUAUCAAAUCCAGAAUUCAAGUUCUCUCCAUGUCUGGAAAACAGGCAGGAUUUAUUGGAACUUUUAUAAGCAUCGUGAAAAAUGAAGGAAUAACGGCCUUAUAUUCUGGACUGAAACCUACCAUGAUUCGUGCGUUCCCUGCCAAUGGGGCACUCUUUUUGGCCUAUGAAUACAGCAGGAAGUUGAUGAUGAGCCAGUUUGAAGCAUACUGAAGUGUUCUGGCAAACCUUGAUCCAAGUGAAGCUCUUUGAGGACUGCAGUUCUCAGAGUUUCAAGGAGUACAAGACCAAUGUGGAAUUUUUUGAUUUUGUGGGAAUUUUUUUUUUGUCUUCCAUUUUUCUACCUUCUACCUUAAACUUGAUAGAAGAGCUUCUCUUUUAUAUAAUUUCUGCCCAUAAUUGUAGUGAAGUGGAAAAGUUGCUGCUCUUGUCCUUGGUGGGACUUACAGGGUGGGCUGCUGGCCCUAGGUACCUAACCUGAAAGGCUAAGUAGAGCUUUAUCAAGGGCUUUUGCGUAAACCUGUAUGUGUACAUGCAGUUUAGAUGGUUGUGUUGUGAGUGAAGCACAAUUUAGUUCUGUGUUUAAUCUCAGAUCUCA